AUGGCACUCGCGUUGGUGGUGGUGGUGACGGUGGCGGAGCUCCACCACCCAGUGGCAAUAGGGCGUGCCUCACACGGAGGAGGCCGCGAGCACCUUCUCUGCCAGGACCUCAUCGCUUCCGUCUGGUCCGUCCUCACCCGCGCCCAGUCAGAGUUCUCCUCCUCCGACACUGCAUUAAUGCUGGUGUUAGUGGUGGUAGAAGCAACUCCGAGUUCUUCUCCUCCGGCUCCGGCACCAGUAGAGGUGGAGGAAGAGAGGAGGCUGCGCUGUUCUCGUUACCGUCGUCGAGGGCCGUGGAGAUCCCAAAGAUACGUGCUUUGGGAUCUAGANGCGAAGCUGCGGCAGGUCGCCGCCGACAUAGCGGCGGCGUGCGGUGGCGGCGGCGGCGGCGGCGGCCUCGUGAAGAUGCGGACUGUGGUGAUAGACCUCGCGGGCGACGCCGCCGAGGGCAGGUGGCGGCUGGAGAGGGCGAUCGAGGGGCUGGACGUCGGCGUGCUGGUCAACAACGCCGGCACGACGCACCCCAGCGCGGCGUACGCGCAUGAAAUGCCGGAGGAGGCGUGGCAGAGGAUCGUCAAGGUGAACGUCGAGGCUACCACUUGGGUGGCCCAUACAGUGAUACGAAGGAUGGUGGAGAAGGGAAGAGGUGCUGUUGUAAACAUCGGGUCAGCAUCGGGCACGGCACUACCAUCGUUUCCUUUUCAUGCAAUUUAUUCCGCCACAAAAGCGUACGUAGACCAGCUUUCCAAAAGCCUAAACGUGGAGUACAAAGAUAAAGGGAUUGAUGUGCAAUGCCAGAUUCCGUUUUACGUUGCUACGAAGAUGAUCUCAGCGAAGGGAUCUUCUUCGCUCCUGAUCCCAUCACCUGAUCAGUUUGCCGCAGCUGCGGUGCGCUGGAUUGGCUACGAGUCGAUAUGCGCUCCGUACUGGCCUCACACCGUGCAGUGGUUUUUCGCCUCCUUAUUUCCUGAUUUCGUUCUCAAUGCAUGGCGCCUGCAUGUGGGGAUUCGGAAGAGAAACGAAUCGAUAGCGCUUCUCGACGGUUAAGAUUUAACAGAUACAUUUAGCUUUCUCAAAACGAAAAGUCGACACAGUACUGUAUAUAUAUAUAUAUUUAUAUUUAAUUAGUAUCUAUUGUAAUAAUAUAUUAUGUAAAUGAUCUUCGUACUUCCAUUUUGUUUUCGAUGAUGAGUCUUUUAAAAUAGACGGUUUAUUUAGAAUAUUCAAAAUUUCUGUACUUAAA